CUAACACGCCUGGCGGAGAUCUGCACUCUACCGAGUGACUCUUCUAGUUUCUAUUACUUUUGCCUUCAGGCAUGGUAUUACCCUUACCAGAUGUCUAGUUAUCACAAACAGCGGUGUACAGUUUAGAGCAAGGGUGUGCAGUCUUAUCCGAAAAGAGCCAGCUAGCGUGGGUGCAGGUUUUUGUAUUCACACAAUGACACCCAAUUCUACCUAUUGAGGUAUUUAUUUAAGACAGAGAUUAGAUGAAUCAGGUGUUGUAGUCCUGGACAAAAACAAAAAUCUGCACCCACACCAGAGCCCUGUUUCACAAUUCAGGAUUACUGAGUUAGCUGGAUAACCGCACUAAAUAAAACCAGCGCCUCUCACAAAUGUGGAAUACGGACUGGGAUAAAAAGAGCUGCUUUUAGUCAGCGCAGUUAUCAACUAACUCAGUAAUCCCGCUUUGUGAUGUUGUUGGAUGUUGGCUCGAUCCCAUAUUACAGUUGUUAAUGUAGGUAAGUGAACUUCAGUUGCGAUGGAAACUGUGAAACGGAUAUUUGAAUGCGAACAGAAGCCAUCCCAUUGGCGAAAAAACGGCAGUAGUGACCCAUCAUUGGCCCAUAUGCUUGUCUGUCACAUCGGAAAUAUCCCCGUGGAUGCAGAAUUUAAGGGCAAGAUAUAUAUAAUUCCACCCUGUUCGUGGGUGGAGUUGUGGGUGAUGGGCAGAGCUUGCGGCGCCAUGCUUACCACCAUCACAGAUGGGAUUCUGUGCUGUCUCACGGGGAAGUCUGCUGAUGUGCUGGUUCCCGUGGAGACGUUGGAGCCUGGCGACGGGAUGGAGUUUGUGGAGGUGAAGCCCGGGCGCGUCCUGCGCGUUCGGCACAUCGUGCCCGAGAGGCCGGUGAUAGAGCCGGUUUCCACGGCGAGCGUCAGCGUGCACUGCAAGCGGCGGAUCAGCCUGUACCGCGACGGCCAGCUGGUGAUCGAGAACCUGGGUGAUGUCCUACACUGCCCAGGAGGGGGCGCUGAGCGCAACAGCACCCUGGAGCUAGAGCUCUCUGACUACAACAGCAACGCUACACCCCCUGCCCCCGUGGCCCCACCCCCCGCCCCAGUGGCCACGCCCCCGGCCCCGCCUCCGCGCCAGCGGCGCAGGAAGCCCAAGCGCUCGGUGAUGAUUGACACGCAGCGCAGCGUCAGCAGCUGCAAGGGCGGCCAGAGCGACCUGGCGCUCUUCUUCCUGCACGGCGUGGGCGGCUCGCUGCACAUCUGGGGCCGGCAGCUGGACUUCUUCUCCCGCCUGGGCUAUGAGGUCAUCGCCCCCGACCUGGCGGGGCACGGCGCAAGCUCCGCCCCCCGCAUCGCCGCCGCGUAUACCUUCUACGCUCUCGCCGAGGACCUGCGUGCCAUCUUCAAGAGAUACGCCCGCAAACGCAACAUCCUCAUUGGACACUCCUACGGGGUGUCGUUCUGUACCUUCCUGGCCCAUGAGUAUCCUGAGCAGGUGCAUAAAGUGGUGAUGAUAAACGGGGGAGGACCCACAGCACUGGAGCCCAGCCUCUGCUCCAUCUUCAACCUGCCAGCCUGCCUGCUGCACUGCCUGUCCCCGUUCCUGGCCUGGAGCUUCCUUAAGGCGGCGUUCGCGCAGCAGGGUGCGCGGGAGAAGCAGCUGCUGAAGGACGGAAACGCAUUUAACGUGUCGUCCUUUGUUCUGCGGGCCAUGAUGAGUGGCCAGUACUGGCCGGAGGGGGACGAGGUGUACCACGCUGAGCUGACCACGCCCAUCCUGCUGCUGCACGGGGCGCACGACAAGUUCGUCCCCAUGGAGGAGGACCAGCGCAUGGCGGAGAUCCUGCUGAUGGCGUUUCUGAAGGUGAUUGAGGAGGGCAGCCACAUGGUGAUGCUCGAGUGCCCAGACACCGUCAACACUCUGCUGCACGAGUUCUUCCUGUGGGAACCCGACGCCUCGUACAAGCAAAACCCAGCUGAGCCCGGCCCUCCCAAAAGCAAGCCCGCCCCUCCCAACGGCACACCCGCCCCUCCCAACAGCAAGCCCGUCCCUCCCAACAGAAAAUCUGCCCCUCCCAAUGGCAAGCGCGUCCCUCCCAACAGAAACCCUGCCUCUCCCAACGGCACGCCCGGCCCUCCCAACAGAAACCCCGCCCCUCUCUAUGGCAAGCCCACCCCUCCCAAAAGUAACCCCGCCCCUUUCAACAGCAACCCCGCCCAUCCCAACAGUAAUCCCACCCCUCCAAACAGCAAUCACACCCCUCUCAACAGCCAGUUGGCUGCCGGUGCACCGAAGAACAAGUAGCCAAUGGGGUGGAUGCUGAUAAAAGAAGGUGACUGAUGUGCAGUUUAUUAUUGGGGGGCCUGCACUGGGUGAGUGUGCUGAUUGGCUUAGAGCCAGAGGCAUUGUGGGAGCUUGAGAGCAGCUGCAGUGGGACAGAGGGGACCUCAACCCUCACCCACAAAAACAGGGGAGCUAAGUGACCAGGAGCUGAGCUGUUAAUCCUCCUACAUUUCCCACAAUCCCCCUUUCCUCCCACUGAUGCCAGCCAUCAUUGCAGGAGUGACCUGGGGCCCCGCCCACUAACCUUGGAGCAAAUCAGAGCAGACAGCUGGAUUGUGGGUCUACACUUGGUUGAGUGGACCGUGGUGGACUGUGGUACAGUCAGGGAAAAUGCCCCCCCCCCCCCCCCCCCCCCCCCCCGCCAUGUUAGCUUGCAGAUGCCUUUUUUGCAUGUUGUUGUCCAUUCAGAUACAGCUUAAUCAUGUUGUUGUCUUCCUAACUCAAUAUAAACAGGUUUUUCUCCUGCAGAAGUGAGUCAAUAUGAGGCUUGAAUACAGCAGUUUUAUUUUCUGGUUUAAUUUAUUCAUAGAAUUAAAGGCAAAAUCACUCCUAACCAAAUGCGUAUUAUUUAACCAUCGUAAGACUGAACACCCACAGAGAGAGUAUAGCUAGAGUCGUGUGUGUUCACAGUACAUGUGCGUUCACAGUAUGUAUAUGUGUUCAUGGUACAUAUUUAUGUUUGCAGUAGACGUUUGCUCAUGGUACAUAUGUGUGUUAAUGCCUCUAAUGACCAGCUUCAGGUCUGUGGGGUUUAGUACAAAGAGAUAAUGGAGAAAUUAUUCUGUAAGUAACAGUUAAUUCAGUGUAUGUGUGACAGAGAGAUAAAAUGAGUAGCAUUCUUGAAUACACAGCUAUAUUUCUCUCUCUUUUAAGGGAUGGGGUACCCCAGAUUAUCCCCAACAAAAAGGCCUAGUUUCCCCACAGAUAAAACCCAUCUCGAAACACAAAUAUAAUAUUUCACACUGAUUGGGUCUGGGAACAUCUUGCUUCGCUCAUUUGGACACAUCACAUACAGGAUCAGUGGAAACAGGAACUCUGUAAUGGAAUCUCUCACUGUACAUAAACCACAAAGAUGGUGGUGAAUAUUGGUGUCUGCACUGAGUUUAUGAUUUUAAUUUUUGCAACAUAGUGUUCAGCCUUACUUACUUCAAUUCAUUGAGGACUUUGUUGUCUUUGUUGCGUAUUUUGUAUUUGUACCAUCCCUGGGAAUUGUUCCCUAUUGAAGGAAGUCUUUGGGGGCCCUCUCGCUUGGCUUGGCAGCCAUAUUUCUGAUGUUAGUAGCUAAUGUAGGCAAACCAACCUUUGCGGCAACUGCAGUCUUCAACUAAAUGAAAUAAGUGUUAAGAUUAUGCAGCCAAAAAGGUUUGGUCUGAACAGGGAUCAUUUUGUUGUUUUCAAAUCAGUACUGUUACAGAAUAUUUAUUAGUAGUGUCAUCGUGUUAAAGAUGGAGUCGUAUUUAACUGUUGACGUACAAAUGAAUGCUUACCAAAGAUGCUGAGAAGUACGGAAAGGUGCUCUGUUGUUUGGAAACUGGAAGAACCAUGGCAACAUUUAUUACCUAAAAGUUUUAUAUUUACCAUGGACAGGUGAAGUAUUCAUAUUUUCCAUGAUUCUGGGAUUCAGCCUGAAUGUACAGGACCAGGUUUGGGAGUGCCUUACUGACAUCUCAAAAUCUGUGCUAGAUCCGCUGGACAACAGGGAACUGUGUGGCCAAUCAGAGAUAUGGACUGUGUGGCCAAUCAGUGAUAUGGACUGUGUGGCCAAUCAGUGAUAUGGACUGUGUGGCCAAUCAGUGAUGGGAACUGUGUGGCCAAUCAAUGAUAUGGACUGUGUGGCCAAUCAGUGAUGGGGACUGUGUGGCCAAUCAGUGAUGGGGACUAUGUGGCCAAUCAGUGAUAUGUACUGUGUGGCCAAUCAGUGAUGGGAACUGUGUGGGCAAUCGGAGAUGGGAACUGUGUGGCCAAUCAGAGAUGUGGACUGUGUGGCUAAUCAGUGAUGGGAACUGUGUGGCCAAUCAGUGAUGGGGCCUGGGGACUGGUUUUUUGGAAAGUGGGAGUCCAUGGUAGGGCUUGGCAAUAUAUCGCAGUGAUAAUUAUCGCAUGCAAUAAGGGUUGUCUCCACCAUAUGGCAUAUCACCUUUCUUUUGUCUUCUUCUUUUUAAUUAUACCUGAAGUGUUACUAAACAACUAAAGAGGCUGUGUAAAAUGUUUCGCAAACACAACCGCUGUUACCUACUGGGUGUUGACAGCCAAGACAGCCAAACAGCAGCAAGGUCGCACAGCUUCCGUGUGAUCAUGUGAUGUGUUUCUGCCAAUCGCACGGAAGCUGCAAGGCCUUGCUGCUGAUUGGCUAUCUUACGGUCAAGCAAUAGGUGGUUUUUUUUCCAGAAAGCGUUUCACGCGGCUUCCAAAAGUGUGAUUGUUUGCUAUUGCGUCAGAUAUAAUUAAAGAGAAAAAGGCAAAAAGGAAGGCGGUACGCCACACGGUGGCGACGACCGUUAUUGCAUGCAAUAAUUAUCACUGUGAUAUAUCGCCCAGCCCUGGUCCAUGGCUAGCUGGACAUAUUCCCAUUUUUGGGCUGAGAUGGGCAGGCAGGUGUUGCCGUGAGCUGGGUAGGUAAUGGUAGUUUCUUGGUAGUUAAUGUUAGCUAGUGUAACUCCACCAAUACAAAUGAAUAAUAUGUGAAAUAAGCUAUGUACAGAUUUUCUCAGAAUAAGGGUCCGCUAAGCUAAUCAAUAAUAUAAUCUUAUUAGCAAUACGAGGCUGGAUCACAUGAGAACUUGAGCUGCAGCAUUCUGUCUCACCUCAUGCUGCAACAGACAGUGAGUGGCCUCUUCCUCCUCCUCCUCUUCCUCUGCUGCUACAGCUACUGCCCACUGUUGUGGCUGUUCCCUCAGAACACACAGUGUGCCCCAUACCGUACACCCCACAUGUUUAACCAUGUAAGACUGUGGUUAUGGUCCUGGUUAAAACCAUGCUGGAUUUACAUACCUGCUUGUCUGCAACCACAAUUAGAGCUGCAGUUAUACAUUAAAUACAGUCACACAUAUGAUAAAUACAGUCACACAUAUGAUAAAUACAGUGACACAGAUGAUAAAUACAGUUGGGGGGCGACAUAGCUCAGUAGGUAAGAGCGGUUGUCUGGCAGUCGGAGGAUGGCCGGUUCGAUCCCCCGCCCUGGGUGUGUCGAAGUGUCCCUGAGCAAGACAUCUAACCUCUAAUUGCUCCCA